AUGAUGAUUUCGAGGAAAAACCCUAACAUCACCGAUUCUGGAGAUGAUUCACUUCCCACUCCGGUUCAAUUCGGUUGUGUAGGUAACUUUUGGAAUUUUCAUAAAUUUGCCAGAAAACUCUUUAAGCUGUCAUCAACAAACCCUAAUAUCAUUGGUUCACUUCCCACUCUUCCUUUUGAUCCGAUUUCAUCAACAAACCCUAAUAUCAUUGAUUCACUUCCCACUCUUCCUUUUGAUCUCAUAACAGAAAUACUCUCUAGACUAUCCGUCCAAAUUCUUCUCCAACUCCGAUGUGUCUCCAAAUCAUGGAAUUCUCUAAUAUCUGAUGAUCCUAACUUCGCCAAAAAACACCUUACCAAUUCAACCACGCACUCGCUCAACUCUUUAGGAUUCACUAAUUCGGGCAUGCUCACUAUGUUUCCACCAAACUUCUUUCUCAACACUGCUGUAACUACUGACCUCAAUCUCCUCUGGCAUCAUUCAGACAAUUAUAAUUGGACCAUGCAUAUUGUUGGCUCUUGCAAUGGCAUCCUCUGUCUUGCGUUUAAGGAAUUCAUUCAAUUAUGGAACCCUUCCAUUAGAAAAUUAUAUGAAUUACCCAUUUUACCAAAAAUUAAAUGGCAUCCUAUGAUUACAUAUGGUUUUGGCUAUCACUCUCUUACUGGUAAUUAUAAAGUGGUUUUUGUUGACAAAACUCAAGUGAAGGUCCAUACUAUAGGUACCAAAUUUUGGAAACAUAACGGGGAUUUCCCUUUUGGUACCAUCCCCGAACGGGAAUCGGGAAAAUAUGUGAGUGGCACAAUCAAUUGGUUGGCUUCUUCUCAACAUUGGCCUACGUCAAUUAUUGUAUCUUUUGAUUUGGGCAAUGAGUCUUAUCGGGAAGUUUUGCUGCCCGAUAAUAAAGAGGUCAAUGCCAAUUCCUUGACCUUGGACGUGUUCGCGGAUUGCCUGUGCAUGCUUUCUGGUCAUGAUGUUUGGCUUAUGAAGGAAUAUGGAAUUAAAGAGUCUUGGACCAAAUUGAUCACUAUUUCAUACUUGGAAGAUCCUAGUAUGCGGUAUUCCUUGACCAAGGUGGUAUAUGUUUAUGAGGAUGGCCAACUGUUGCUUCAAAUUAAAAGGCCUUUUCUUCUUCCGCAGUUGAUUGUAUAUGAUCCAAGGAUGAUUGGUACUUUUCAGUUUGUUCCGCUUGAAAAGAGUUUUAAUGGUUCAAGGUUUUUUGACCUAGAUGUCUCAAGGUAUGGUGGCAUAGUAGACUGCAUUGAGAGUUUGACAUCACCUUGUUCCUAA